UGCCCAUCCCCUCGAAGGCCAACGGCACCACCAUUUCCACCCUGUCAAUGAACAAAGAUGGCCUGAUCGGAGGGGUGACGAAUCCCAACGAGGUCUUCUGCUCCGUGCCUGGCCGCCUCUCUCUUCUCAGCUCCACCUCCAAGUACAAGGUGACCGUCGGGGAGGUGCAGAGAAGGCUCUCGCCCCCCGAGUGUCUCAACGCCUCUCUCCUCGGUGGAGUCCUCCGCAGAGCAAAAUCAAAAAAUGGGGGUCGGUGUUUAAGGGAAAGGUUAGAGAAAAUCGGACUAAAUCUACCUGCAGGAAGGCGCAAAGCUGCCAACGUCACCCUGCUGACAUCCCUCGUGGAAGGCGAAGCCGUUCACCUGGCUCGGGAUUUUGGGUACGUGUGCGAAACGGAGUUCCCAGCCAAGGCGGCGGCAGAAUACCUCUGCCGACAGCACUCCGACCCCACGGAGCUCCACACCAGGAAAAACAUGCUGCUGGCUACCAAGCAAAUUUGUAAAGAGUUUGCAGACUUGAUAGCCCAGGAUCGCUCGCCGCUGGGGAACAGCCGCCCCUCACUCAUCUUAGAGCCCGGCGUCCAGAGCUGUUUGACUCAUUUCAGCUUGAUAACCCACGGCUUUGGGGGCCCAGCCAUCUGCGCAGCGCUCACAGCCUUCCAGAACUACCUGGUGGAGUCCCUUAAGGGGCUGGAUAAAAUGUUCAUGAACAGCACAGGGAACGGGCACACAGCCGGAGACUCCAAAGCGUCAGAAAAAGAAGUGAAGCAUCGGAAAUAA